AUGAGUGGGUCGCGACCUUCAUAUAACUCCCACAUUGAGGAUCAGGACGAAGGACCCGUAGCUUACGACCCGGAUGACCCUUUCUGGCGAGAUAUGGAUGACGAUGAUGACGACAUGGACUUUGUGCCCGCACAAGAGGAUGAAGACGAUGAAGAUGACGAAGACGGAUUCUUCCAUGAUGCUGCAGAGGAUCUUAGUGGCGUAGAGAUCGAGCUUGAAAUCACGGACGAUGGCGAAAAUAACGAGGACGACAACGACGAAGACGCUGAAGAGGGACGGGGUGGUACUGCCGGUAGGCGGCAACCCGUCAUUAUCACUCCGGACCAAAUUCUUCGGUUACUCGGCUCUGGCGGACUUGCGCAGUUAUUCGCUUCCGAUAUAGUAAGAGGAGGAGGGCGGGGACAGCAUGUGUUCUUAAAUGACGACGAUGACGACGACGGUAUCGCUACCGGAUAUGAUCCAAUAGGUUUUGGGCUCAGGAAUAGGAGAUUGAGAAGAGGACCACAUGGACCAGCUACAUUCAAUAAAGUGCCGAGCGAUACCGGGCGAGAACUAAUGAACAGCGGCACCUUUGGAUCUAGCUAUCGUUCAGAAGACACGCUACAAAGGAGGAAGAAGAAGCUUGCAUACAAAUUAAUGAGAAGGGAGCUGGGACUGGGAAGCGAUGGGCGACAGAGGAAUGCGAACCGGCUACUGAAGCAGGAUAUGAUUCCAAGCUCAACGGCCGAUACUAUCAUUCAUUACAACUCGAGAUGCUACUCUGGCCAGUUCUCGGAUGACGGCAACUUCUUCUUCUCUUGCGCGCAAGAUUUUCGCAGUGUGGUGUACCCUUAUGGUCAAUGGACCAUCACAGAUGCUUCCCUGAGCCCCGAUAAUCGUUUCUUAGCAUACAGCUCUAUCAGGAGUAUAGUAUGUUUAGCACCAACAGACCCCGAGAACGACAGUGAACCGACGCUCCUUGAUUUCGCCAAUAUAGGGACUGCAAAUCCUCACGGAUUUCACACUUAUUUUGGAAUAUGGUCCAUCCGGUUCUCCGGAGACGGAAGGGAAAUCGUAGCAGGCACUGGCGAUAACUCGGUUUAUGUUUACGACAUCGAACGGCAGCAGUCCAUCCUGCGCAUACCAGGCCAUCAGGACGAUGUCAAUGCCGUCUGUUUCGGCGACUCACAAUCACCGCAUAUUCUUUACUCUGGAUCCGACGACACGACAUUGAAGGUGUGGGAUCGUAGAAGUAUGGGAGAUGGACGAGAGGCAGGCGUGUUCCUUGGACAUACCGAAGGGUUAACAUAUGUCGAUAGUAAAGGUGACGGACGAUAUGUGCUCAGUAACGGAAAGGACCAAACAGCCAAGCUAUGGGACCUACGAAAGAUGACAAGCAAGGACAAGGCUGAUACGAUCGACCCUUACGACUACACCACCCAGUUCGAAUACCGCAGCCACGCUUACGACGAGAAUACAUAUAAGCCGCACCCACACGACACUUCCCUGGUUACUUUUAGAGGUCACAAGGUCCUGAAGACUCUCAUUCGAUGCCAUUUUGCGCCACCUGGGAGCACCGAUUCCCGGUACGUCUAUUCUGGAAGCUAUGACGGAAAGGUUUAUGUGUGGAAUAUGGACGCGACACUCGCUGGAACAGUUGAUGUUCUCCAAGCUACUAAAAAUAGCCGUCCCCGGGACAGCCGCUCGCUGGCUGAUACAUAUGAUUUCUUCCAUCGUGAUGGCGGUGGUAGUUGGAUGACGUGCGUGCGCGACGCAAGCUGGCAUCCAAAUGCACCUAUCAUUGCUGCGACAUCAUGGAAUGGUUGGGGAACAUCCCAGGGGACAUGCACUGUACAUACAUGGAAUGAUGGCCUCGAGGACGACGAAGCAGAACCGAGAAUGGGUAGAAGAGUCAACCCCGAACUGCGACACGAGGAACGACUAUAUCGCAGUUCAGGGCGCUCACGAGGUACCUAUCAAGAAUGGUCAGAAUGA